AUUGCCACUUGCCCUCCCCCUCCAUUGCCCAGCUGGGCUGGGGGAGGGGUGGGGUGUGGGUUCCCAGCACAGCUGGGCCCUUAAGUUUCCCAGAAAGCCACCUCCCCCCCAUAGCAGACACAUUGUUCCUCUGGCUGUUUUUUCCUGUCCAGGACCCUCCAAGGCCAGGCCAGGGCUGGCUGGCUGGCAGGGACUGCUGUCCUGCCUACUGCAGCUGGGGAAACUGAGUCAUGGGGCAGGUUGUUAGGGGAUAGAACUCCUUGGCGGGGAGGGUGUCUGCUUCCAUCCUCAGCCUAGCUUGGAACUUGGAAGUGGGGGACAAGGGCAGGGUCCCACCUUAGAGCCGCAGGGUCUCCCUGCCUCCCCUUUUUACAGAGAUGGUCUCAGAGGCUACACUAGCCUCAGCUCCCCAGGAAGCGUCUGCCCUGCGGCUGCUGCAGGCAUGGAAUCCACACUGGACCCUUUCCUAGGGCCUUGUGCAGAGUCCCUGGUCCCCAGGAUGCUGCCCCAGGACGUGGGGUGCCUAAGCCACCGGGACUCCUUUUCACGCCCAGCUGACACAUGCCUCAGUACAGCUGAAGCCUGGGCCCCGUGGCUCUUCACACCUGUCUACACUUAACUCCCCCUGCAGGAUGAUGUCUACAGGCUAGGCUAGGGCCCAGACUCCCUUUGUCUACGCUCCGGGAGGCCCUGCCUACAAAGGAGCCUGGCCCAUGAGACCACAGUGUCCCUGAUGUGGUUGAGGUCUGCAGAAGCCCAGCGCCUCCCUGCCCCCAGCCCUUUCCUGGAAGUCCCAAGCUGUGUCACCACCUGCAGGUGUCCGCUGCCCCGCCCCUCUUCCCUCCUCUUUAAAGGGGUCGCCCUCAGGAGGCCUCCCGGGGUCAGAGCGUCGCUGCAAGACUAGCACACCCGUGGGAGCUCCGAGGCCAAGGAGCAGGGGUCCAGGUUCUAAGUUUUCCCUUCUGGCGUGGUGUGGCCUCAGUUUUCCCCGCCGGGGGCGUGGGGGCUGGCGCUGAAGCGGGAGCCGGGGAGGGGGCGGGGCCGCACCCCAGAGAGGCCGUUUCACCCAUGGGAUUCAAAGACCACACCCGGCCCCACCCCACGAUGACUUCCCACGUCCUCCUGUUGCUUCUCGCCUCCUCCAUCCUGGGGGAUCCGGACUCUGCGGGCAGAAGGCCCCUGCACCAGGUCGCCCAGAAUCGCAGGCGCCUCUGUUCCCUGGGCACAUGCCAGACGCACCGCCUGCCAGAGAUUAUUUACUGGCUCCGCUCUGCCUCCACCAAAGAGCUCUCAGGGAAGGCCGGCCGUGAGCCCCAGGACCCCCACAGCUACGGACGCCGCCGCAGGCGCGAGGCCAGAGCCCUGCUCCGUCUCCAUGACCCUGACCCGAAGAAAAGAGGCCAGCGCAGUGCCCAACUUACUGGGUGAUGUCAGGCACGUCCCUGUUCCUCCUCCCCUGGCCUCAGUUUCCCCAUCUGUGUAUUGGGGUCACGACCCAAGCUUCUUUCCCCCUCACUCCAUCUGCUGGGCUCACUCAAAAACUGUCUUCCCUGCGCUGUGACUGGGCUGGACCCAGGUGCACACCGGACCUAGCACGUACAAAGAAUACUAUCGUCCAAGAGCCUAAUAAAACGAGUUUCACGUUUCA